UACUAUGAUUGUUCAUAGAGGGCAGCUUCCCGAAACAGUGCCAGCCUUUAUUAUAAGGGGAGAGAUCAAAAAUGUCUUCCAGUGGCACGCUCACCAACUGCUAUGUGGACUCGAUCAUGGGUCAGGAACCGGAGGACGUGUUCGGGACUCGGUUCCUGCAGCCGCCGCACUCGGUGACCUCCAGGCCGCCAGGUGCCGCGGAGAACGCGGACUUCUCCUCGUGUAAUUUUGCACCCAAAUCUGGCGUCUUCUCCGCGUCGUGGUCGCCGGUCCAUCCGCAGGGGAUCUAUCAUCCGUACAUGCACCACCACCACCAGAACCACCACCCCGCCUCGGACGCCAGAUACGUCCGCUCCUGGGUGGAUCCCAUGCCGAACCACGUCUCCUUCUCCGGAUUCCACUCCAGCGCUCGACCGUCGUACGGGACAAAGCCGGAGGUUCUUCCCGCAAAGUCACCGGAGUGCGACCCCGUGGACGAGGCAGAGUCGCGGCCGAGCCUCGCCGACUUCUCCCACUCGGAGUGUCCAGAAAAGGCGCACAAAGAGCAGAGUGGAAGUGACCACAGCGAGGCAAAGGACGAGAAACAACAACUUGACCCAAACAACCCGGCGGCCAACUGGAUCCACGCUCGCUCCACCAGGAAGAAGAGAUGUCCGUACACCAAGUAUCAGACUCUGGAGCUGGAGAAAGAGUUUCUCUACAACAUGUAUCUGACCCGGGACCGGCGCUACGAGGUCGCUCGGAUACUCAGCCUGACCGAACGACAAGUGAAGAUCUGGUUCCAGAACCGGAGGAUGAAGAUGAAGAAGAUGAACAGAGAGAGAGGAGGGAAGGAGAUGAUGUAGUUUUGGACGGACAUUUUGAGUGAUUCUUUUUAGACGUCGCAAAAGAACGAGGCCAGGAUUUUGUGAACUAAUUUGACUGAAUAUUUGUUUAUUUCUUAUGCUGCAGUUAGAAUAUAAAGAGGAGAACUUUCA